GUGUGAUCCCUCCCUCAUUUUUCAAUCUCUCUUCGAUCACUACUUUUGGUGCUUCUUUAAACAAAAUCCAAGGGAUUUUGCCCUCAAACUUAGGCGUUGCCUUCCAAAGUCUCAAAUUUUUUCAUAUCAACUAUAACCAAUUUACUGGACCUAUCCCUGCUUCAAUAUCAAAUGCCUCAAAUCUAGCUGCACUUGGACUGGGAGGAAACCAACUGCAUGGAAAAGUCCCUUCUAUGAAAAAUUUGAUUAGCCUUGAGGAGUUUGUUCUUCCUUUUAAUCAUCUUGGAAGUGGGGGAAUUGAUGACUUGACCUUUCUUUGCGAUUUGACUAAUGCCACCCGUUUAAGAAUACUGCAAAUUAGUAAUAACAAUUUCGGUGGUAUGCUACCUCAAUGCAUAGCAAACUUGUCGUCUUCUAUUCGAUUCUUCCAUGCAAGUGAGAAUAAAAUAUUCGGAAGCAUCCCAAAUGGCAUUGGAAAUCUGGUUAACUUGGAGAGCGUUCAGCUGUUCGCGAACCGGUUUUCAGGUCACAUUCCCCCUCAUGUAGGCAAGCUUCAGAGGUUAUAUGAACUAUCUAUGAAUAACAACUUUCUCUCCGGGAAUGUUCCAUCCUCAUUGGGAAAUUUAAGUCGAUUAACAAUAUUAUCUCUAUAUGGCAACAAACUUCGAGGCAAUGUUCCUUCAAGUUUGGCAGAGUGUCAAAAUUUGAUGGUCUUAUCUCUUGACGCUAACGAUUUUAACGGAAUCAUACCCCAAGAAAUCAGUGGUCUCUUGUCCUUAUAUGAUUUCAGUUUUUCUCAAAAUCAUUUCACUGGUUCCCUUCCCCGGAAUAUAGGAAAGUUAAUAAAUCUACAGUAUUUAGUGAUCUCUGGAAACAAGUUAUUUGGUGAAAUUCCGCCAAGCCUUGGUAGCUGUAUUAGAUUAGAGUAUCUAGACAUGGCUGAAAACUUCUUCCUGUUGGAAAAUUGGCUUGCAUAA